CCUCGUAGUAUUCAACGAGCCGAUUGAUAGAGUAACCCUCUAGGUGCCAUUCACCUAGACACUCGCUCUCUACUGCAUCUUCUCACCCCAUGGCCGGUCCCGUUAAUCCGCGCGCAAUGAGCACAGUACAGACGGCGCCCGCGACGGAAUCGCACGUGACAAUGUUCUUCGAAAGCUUCCUCCUCAACCUCGCGGUCAUCGUCGUGCUCAUCGUCGCACUCGUCUUCGACUACGUCACCAAGUUCUUCAGCUACUGGUACAUCCGACACAUACCCUACAAGUAUCCGCUGCCAGGAUUCGGCAGUGAUUACCACAGAGUACUCGGACUCAGAAACACUACUGAUGAAGUCGACAAGCUGUACCAGAAACACCGGAAGGACAAACUCGUCGGGUACAUCAAAUCCAGGAUUCCGGACCUAAUGGUAAAGGAUCCGGAAAUUAUUAAAUUACUCCUGUCAAAGGAAUCCGAAAAUUUUAACAAGCGCGGACUAUGUUUGGAGAGAUCCCUGGACGGGUGUUUGCGCAACAACUUGUUUUAUGCCGAAGGUGAAAAAUGGGACUUGCUCAGGAGAAAUUUCAAGUCAAUAUUGCAGAGCAGGUUGCGGAAAUUUGAACAGAGCGAGAGGAGUGCGGAUAAAUAUUUGCGCGACGUAAACGGAGAGAUAAACGUACAAAAUUUCUUGGAAAACAUAAUGAACAGAGUCAUUACGGAUUUAGUGUUUGGCGAACAUUUAAAUGAUGGAGCGGAGACGUUCGUAUCGAAUUUGAGAUGCGAAUUGCGAAAUUUAACAAUUGCUGGCCGAUUCAAAAGCUACCUGAAAAGUCUGUUUCCCUCAAUUUACAUACUAUUGGGCCUGAUUACAUUAAAAUCGCAGCCAGAUAAAAGCGUUCAUGAGGUCCUUCAAAAAUCAGACCUCAUUCACGAAGUAAGGAAAAUGAAUUUCGACAGUGCCGUAGACAAUUUGAUUUUGAAACUUGGAAAUCACAGAAACUCGAACACUGACAUCGUAUUUUCAGUGUUGAGUUUGUUCAUAACAGAAGGAUACACUCCAUGUUUGAACAUACUGGCUUGUUUACUGUAUGAGUUAUCUAAAGACCAACAGAUGCAGGACGCAGUGAGACAACAACCUGAGCAAUUCUUGGACAACGCUAUCAAAGAGACGAUGAGAUUAUACCCGCCAUAUACGGUCAUUUCGAGACAGUGCACCAAAAUGUACAAAUUUGAUGAUAGUAAUUUAGUAAUAGACAGGGGAGUUACUAUAACAGUCCCUAUUGCAAGUAUACAUAAGGAUGAGACGUACUUUGAAAAUCCGGAACUGUUUGACCCUAAGAGAUUUUCUGAGGAGAUCGCGAAUAAGAGGCCAGAGUGUUCAUACUUACCCUAUGGAGUUGGACCCAAGAAGUGUAUAGGACAAGAGUUGUCGCAAGUUAUCAUCCGAAGUAUAACGGGAGCCAUACUGCGCAAGUACGAAAUCGAACCUUCUGGAAAAACUCCGAAGAAACUGAUAUUCAAGGAUCAUGACUUCCAAAGGGUUUUGGACACAAAGUUAUAUCUUAACUUUAACCCCAUUCAGCUCUAAAGUCAGUUAAGUUAGUAUAUAGUUUUGUUUUAAUAUUUAUAAAUCCGCAUUGUUUAUGAAGUAUGAAUGAGGCUGAUUAUGAUAGUAUUUAAGGUAUGAUACUGUUUUGGACGCAUUUAUUUAGAUUAAAAUAUAAAUCUCAUAAUUUAAUAUCUACUAGUUUUUGGAAAACUUAUUUUUUGGGUUAGUCUAAUAAAAUAGGACUGUAAAAUGGUAAUUUUGGAUAUCUUAGGUUUAGGAGAAAUACUCAAUGACUGUGAAAUUUUGUAAUAAACCCUAAAUUUUUAAAUAAA